GGAGCCUCUCCACAAGAAAAGAUAAUCCUCAAAGAAAGAGAAAUGACAGAGAAUGAUAAUCGGAAUGUAAAGAUAAUGGUGCCUGAAGCCGAACCGAAACUGAAAGGUCGGAACUUGUCAUGGGCGGAGCUCCGCCGUGUCGAUUCCCUCAACCUGGAAGCCGGCAGAGUCACUUCUAGUACUCCAAACAGUCGCACCUCCAAUGUGGAUUGGGGUAAGACGUUGUGUUUGACAUUUCAGAGCAUUGGAGUUGUGUAUGGAGACAUCGGAAUAUCUCCCCUUUACGUCUUUUCCAUCAUUUUUCCCGAUGGAUUCGGGUCAACUGAUCAUACUGAAGACAUCCUCGGGGCUCUAUCUCUCGUUAUCUACACCAUCGUGCUCAUACCCUUCCUUAAGUAUGCAUUUAUCGUCCUCUGGGCCAACGACAACGGCGAAGGAGGAACGUUCGCCUUGUAUUCAUUGUUGAACCGGAAUGCGGAGAUCAGCUUGAUUCCGAAUCAUCAACCGGAGGACAUUGAGAUCUCCAACUACAGAUUGGACCCACCGUCGAAUCAGCUGAGAAGGGCUUCCAUAAUAAAAAAGGUGCUCGAGAACAACAAGGUUAUUCAGGUUAUUGUUCUUCUCGUCACCAUCCUUGGGACUUCUAUGGUGAUCGGAGAUGGGAUUCUUACCCCAAGCAUCUCAGGAGCAGAAGCCAUGUUUGCUGAUCUAGGUCACUUCAAUGUCCAAGCAAUUCAAAUUAGCUUCUCCUUGGUUGUCUUGCCUUCAUUAGUAAUUGCAUAUUCAGGACAAGCUGCCUAUCUCACUAAACACCCUGGCGACGUUACUAAUGCGUUCUACAAAUCAGUUCCAGCUCCAUUAUAUUGGCCGCAAAACAUAGUAGCUCUUUUGGCUUCUAUCGUUGCCAGCCAAAUUAUGAUAUCUGGAACAUUUUCAGUCAUAUCUCAGUCCUUAAGUUUAGGUUGUUUCCCAAAAGUUAAGGUAAUUCAUACCUCUGCUAAGUAUGAAGGUCAGGUUUAUAUUCCUGAGAUCAACUACUUGCUCAUGACUGCUUGCGUUAUGGUGGCUACUGUUUUCAAAACGCCACAAAAUAUUGCCAAUGCGUAUGGAAUCACUGUCGCUGCUGUAAUGUUUAUUACUACAUGCAUGGUUACUCUGAUAAUGCUGGUUAUAUGGAAGAUAAGCAUAUGGUGGAUUGCACUCUUCUUUCUGAUUUUUGGGUCAGUUGAAGCUAUAUUUUUCUCCUCUGUCUUGCAUAAGUUUAUUCUAGGCGGCUACCUUCCAGUAGGCAUGGCCAUUGUCUUAAUGACAGUAAUGGCAACAUGGCAUUAUGUGCACCAGAAGAGAUACUUGUUUGAGCUCAAGCACAAGGUCUCUAGUGAAUUCAUUAGACAAAUAGCUGAAAAUCCAGCAGUAAACAGGGUGCCAGGAAUUGGGAUUUUUUACUCUGAGCUUGUACAGGGGAUUCCACCAAUUUUUCCUCAUUUCGUGGUCCAAAUCCCCUCCAUUCAUUCAGUUCUGGUGUUUGUCUCAAUCAAGAAAAUUCCAGUUACCAGAGUUGCAUUGGAGGAGAGGUUUAUGUUCAGACAGGUGGGACCAAGAGAGUACAGGAUGUUCCGCUGUGUGGUAAGGUAUGGCUAUAUGGACGUUAUGGGGGAAACUGAGGUGUUUGAGCACCAACUAGUUGAACACUUGAAGGAUUUCAUCCGCCAUGAGUACUAUCUUGCUGAAGGUGGUGCGGCUAUUGAGCCAGAAAUUCCUCAGCUCUCCAUUCUCCUUGGAAAUGAUGGUAAAACAAAUGGAAACAUUAAAUCAUCCGUUUAUGCAGAGGAAUCAUUGCAACAGCAGAACAAUCUGUCUCCAGUUUCUUCUGGAUCAAUUCAGUCAUUCAGAGCAGUCAAGUCGAAUGCUUCAAGCCAAAUCAUUUCUGCACCCCUCCAAGGAGUUGAUGAGGAGAUCCAGUUUUUGCAGAAGGCAAAAGAUGAAGGUGUGGUCUAUCUCUUGGCAGAAGCUGAGGUGGUAGCUGAGAAAAAAUCAUCUGUAUUCAAGAAGAUUAUUGUAAACUAUCUCUACAGCUUUAUUAGGAGAAACUUUAGGCAAGGAGAGACAGUAUUGAUAAUCCCACACACUAGAAUUCUAAGGGUGGGAAUGACAUAUGAAAUUUAGAAGAUUAUAUAAGCACACAAAUAUAUAAACAGCUAUGUAAAAAUUGUAGUUUAAAUAAACAUUUUAAUCUCAA